CAAUUGAUAAUAUUUUUUGUUUUUCAUAUAAAUUCGUAUUAACUUUUAGCUUAAUUUGAAUUUUUGCUAUUUUGUGGCUUAUCUCGUAAAUUAAUUUCCCGGAUUAUUAUCCCAUAAAAAUUGCACAAAAAUGACUGAUAAUUAUAGCCGCGUUGGGAAUAGAUAUCAUUUAUUGCCUAAAAACGAGGCUAAUAUUCUCUUGAGGUAUAUAUGGCUCGAUGGGAAUGGUCAUGACUUGCGGACCAAAAGUAUGCGCUCCUAUAGGGAGCCACAGACUGUCGAUGAGGUGCCUCUCUGUGCAUAUUGUGGCCAAACAUGCGGUCAUAUGAAACUGACGGCAAACUCGGACUGUUGGCUAAAACCGGUGCUCCUAUGCGACGACCCCUUCAGACAACACAAUCACAAACUCGUGUUUUGUGUUCCCAUUAAAUACCAAAUUGAAGCGUCUAUUUAUAGACAUUCAUGCGAAGCAAUUGAGAGACAAUUAAAUGCAUCCAAGAGACCACUGCUCGUAAUAAGACAGCCAUAUAUACUAUACAGCAAAAAGACAGGAAAGCCUAUCGGCUGGCCUUUCGGUAAUUUCGAUGCUAUGGACAGGACAUCCAACUACGGGGUCGGCACUAAUGUAGCCAAUGGUCGCGAUAUAAACGAAGCAUUUUACAGGGCCUGUCUGUACGCCGGCCUAACCCUGAGUGCCUCACAGGUGGAGGACAUGCCGUCGAUGUGGAGCUUCGAGUUGGGCCCGACUCGAGGCACAGGUAUUGCCGAUCAGCUAUGGAUGGCUCGAUAUAUACUGCAAUAUAUUAGCGAAGAGUUUGAUUGUAUCGUAUCAUUGAAUCCCUUAAAACAUAAACAAACUGACGGUCAAUACCUUAGAGUGUGGGCCGGGGAUCAGAUCUCAGUUCAGCCCCAGUUAUACCCUAUGAAUAGCGACCCCUAUCUCGCAGUCAAAACUAUUUGCCAGUCAUUAUUAGGUGGAAAUUAAAUAUUGAUAAUUUUGUUAUAACACUAUUGCCUUAAUAAUACAGUAGUAAAAUACUAGAC